UUUGACAGUUCCACGAAACAACGCGCGAUCGCAGGCAGGAACGCGAACUCGGUGCCCCACGAAGUUUUCUAUUAAUUUUGUGAAAAAUUGAUACCCAAAACUUGCCCAAAAGCCGUACGGCAAAGGCCGAACGGGAGUGGUGCACGUUCCGCGCGCGCGUUUUUUAACUCAGUUUGAUCGUUUUUUGCAUGCCCAAAUUCGAUCACAGACCAGUUGUGAAAAGUGAGUGAUUUCUUCGUUCUUGGGUCGUGCCUGUGGUUCCUGGAGAUCCCCGCUGAGCGUGCUGAACGAGGAGGAUCAUUUCUGGACGUGAGAGCACCAUCCUUCAUCGUGUGGAUCGAUCUCCAGGACAGGACAAAUAUCCAUCCAUCCCGGACGGCAAGCACCACCGCGUCAACGACGGUCACCGGAAGAGGACCAUGAUGGCGUCGUCGUUUCCGCCGUUCAACAAGCACAUCUUCAUCAAUGGGGGACCGCCGAGCGAAACCACCGGCAGCGAGAUCUCGUCGGUGGAGAGCGACUGGGGCGACCUGCGGCUGAUCGCGGCCCAGCUCGGUGUGGCCAACCCGGACGACCUGCAUGUCGAGCGGUUCAAGGUGGACCGCCAGAAGCUGGAGGAUAUGAUUAAAGUUGAAACGUAUUCAGAAGGAAUGAAUAGCGCUGAGGAAUUCUUCACGAAUAUCAUGAAGGAAACCACGACGUACGUGAGCUGGCCGUGCCGGCUGAAGAUCGGCGCCAAAAGCAAGAGACCCCACAUCAGGAUCGUGGGCCGGCUGCCAGACGUGCUGAAGGCGAAGGACCGGGUGAUGGCCCGGUUGGACUCGCGCGGCAGCCGGGUGAUCAUGAAGAUGGACGUGUCGUACACGGACCACUCGUUCAUCAUCGGCCGCGGUGGCAACAACAUCAAGCGCAUCAUGGAGGACACCGCUACCCACAUCCACUUCCCGGACUCGAACCGGUCCAACCCGACGGAGAAGAGCAACCAGGUGUCCCUAUGUGGGAGCUUGGAGGGCGUCGAGCGGGCUCGAGCCCUGGUGCGGAUCUCCACGCCGCUGUUGAUCUCGUUCGAGCUGCCGAUACUGGCCCCCGGGAAGACACCCCCGGACAAUGACACCCCGUACGUCAAGGAGGUGGAGAAGGAGUUCAACGUGCAGGUCAUCUUCUCGACCCGGCCCAAGCUGCACUCGUCGCUGGUGCUGGUCAAGGGCUCCGAAAAGGAGGAACUCAAGGUGAAGGAGGCAACGCGUCGGUUGAUGGACUUUAUGUGCGAAAAUAUGGCGAACCAAAUCCCAGUCCAGAUGCAGCUGGAAGUGUCGACCCAACACCACCCGAUCGUGCUCGGCCGGGCGUCGAGCAACUUGCGUGAAAUUAUGAGCCGCACUGGAACACAGAUCAUGUUCCCGGAUGCUAACGACGUGAAUAUAAAGCCAAUCAAGCGCUCCCAGGUGACCAUUACGGGCUCAAUAAACGGCGUCUACCUGGCCAGGCAGCAAUUAAUCGGUUGCCUCCCGAUUGCCCUGAUAUUUGACUACCCGGAGAACACGGUCGACUCGGACGACAUCGCCAAGCUGAUGUAUACGCACGACGUCUUCAUUUCGGUCCGGCAAAAGUCCCGCCAGAGCACGCUUUGCAUCGUCAUCAAGGGCAUCGAAAAGUUUAUCGCCAACAUUUACGAGGCCCGCUACCAGCUGCUCAAGUGUCAGGGCCCCCGAGUGGUUGCGGAAGUGCCCCGCUCGUACAUGGCCCCCGGGGAGCAACCGAAGAGCUCCCAGAACGUAUCACUGCUGUUGUCCGUGCCGUCACCGCAACCCUUUUCGCCGCUUUCGCCCAUCAAUCCGAUGCCGUUCAACUCCAACUGCUGGCCGGCGCCAACUCCACCACCGGAGUUUACCCUGAACCAACUGCGGGCGCAGUUCCAGAACAUCCAGAUGGCCGCCCAGAACAAGCUGCAGCACCCGUUGACGUUACCACCGGGACUGGAGAACUUCAACUCGGCAGGGUCACAGCAGCAGAGAAGCAGUUCACACUUGCAGGUGCCGAAUCUUCAGCAACAACUGCACCAGCUGUCGCUGAGUGGACGCGGAAAUUCCGGUUCCAACGGUGGAGCACUGUCCGUUCCGUGCCAAAACACCAGCCAAAGCAGCGCCGGUGGAGAUCAUUCGAGCGGGUAUCACAGCUUGAACUGCAGCAACAGUUCGCUGGAUCAGCAAUUGCCAGGUUCCUCUGGCUCGACUUCGACCUCGCUGAUCAACAGUUCUCCCAACACCAGCCGUCACAUGAGCUACACCGACAGUCCGCAGUUCCCGUCGACGACGAACUACGACGACCAGCGGACGCCGAUGCCCAGCUCGCUGAACGAUACGUUCGUGUUCAACUUUGACCCGCGCGUGGUCGCCGGCUACAAAGCGAUCCACAUGCCCGUCCAGCAGGGUGAGCUGCGCACUCCGACGCCCAGCUGGCAGGGACUGGGACUCAGCCAAACGUCUCCGGCGCCACUCGAAGCGUGUGACCUGAGCUGGGCCAACACCAGCAGUGGAAGUGGUGGCAGCGGUGGUGGCGCCGCCGGAAGUGACUCGCGUCUCAACCUGACGACCACGAUGAUCGACGUGACGCCGGUGCGCCAGCGGGAGCAGCUGUCGCAGUACAACGACGUCACGUCCAUUCUGACCGGGCUGGGACUGGAUCAUUACAUCAAAAACUUCAUCAAUGGUGAAAUCGACAUGACGGUGUUCCAAACGCUCACCGACCAGGAUCUGCUCAAUCUGGACAUUAAGCCGCUUGGAGCGCGCCGCAAGAUUCUGAUGGCCAUCCACGAUCUGUUCACGCGCCAGCACGGCAAUCCGUUCGCGAACAUGUCGCCGGCGUCGUCCUCGUCGUCGAUGUCGCGCUUUUCCGGGUCGGCGGCACCGGGUGCCGAGCGGCGUACCUCCAGUGGUGGACAGUAGAAGGGGUGGGGGAGGGAAACAUUGCAUGGGUGGUGGUGGUGGUGGAGGAGAAUGGUGAAGAGGAGUGGAGAUUGGCCUGGAAAUGAUGAAAAGAUGAUGCCAAACGGAUCACGAUUAUAACCAAAAACAAACAGCUGUAGAUCGGCUGCAAUUGCACCGCCAUCGUCGUCGAGGGAGGAAAUGGAAAAUAAUUAAACUUUGUUUUAAUUUGUCGCGCUUCGUCAUCGUCGUCCUUGCAGCUGGCCUGAGGGGCGCAUCGUUCGAGAGAUUGGCACCCGACUUGAGCGCACUAAUUGCUUAUCGAUUCGGUGGCCAAUGCCGGGGAGUCAGAGAGUGAAGCCAUUUUCCCAGGCGAAACCGAGAAAAAAGGUUUCCUCGGACGAUUUCUUGGCCAUGUUUGUGCGCUGAGCCGGAAAAGAUUGCACCAAAAAUGGCAAUCCCAAAGAGGGGUAGAAAUAUUUUUAAUUAAAUGCAGCAGCUUCCGGUAUGAGGCACUUUAAUUGAAACGCUGGCGACCGACGACACGAUGGCUGGCCUUAGUUAGAAAUUGUAUUUAUUUUUCCCUCCACUUUCCCAAAAACGCCCCAAUCUCUGCGCUUUUCGCCACAUUUAAUUAACACUUACGUACACAUUUUCACACAUACAGACACAAACACACAUUCUGCACUCAAUUCCAAUUGCAUGCGUUUCAUAGAGAUAUCCAUUUUUUAUUAAAGCCAACCAGUAAUAGAGAAAAAAUAAUCCUUUCCUUAUUCCCAUCACUUUCCACACACAAAAAAAAAUGCCAACAUUAUUAGUUUGCAGUGGUCUCAACGUAUUAAGCCAGCUCGCUAAGCUACAAGUCUAGGUUCUGCAAACUCAAAUUGUACCAUUCUGGAAGAGUUUCUUAGUUGCAGGCAAGCUAGGAAGAAAACUGUGCAAAAACAAGGCAAGAAGAAAGCAAAGAGGAAGCAAUCAUUUAUUUAUCCAACAUUCCCUAAUUGUAAGCAUUGAAGAAAUAUUUUAAUUAAAUUUGCAUGUUCAAUCAUUCAUUCAGCACUUAA